AUGUUUGCCAAACUUUCGCUCCUUUCUCUCCUCACUUCUACUGCUUUGGCUGCCGGUGGUCAGGUUUUGUCGUACGACAACAUUGACAAAUCCGCAACCCCCGGUGCCAAAGCCCUGCUGAAAUAUGUCCAGUCUCAGUACGGAUCGCAUUACCUCUCUGGCCAGCAGGAUAAGCCAAGCUAUGACUGGGUCAAGCAAAAUGUGGGCGUUUCACCAGCGAUUCUGGGAAGCGACUUCAUGUACUACUCGCCUUCGGCUGUCACCCACGGUAGCAAGUCUCACGCCGUCGAAGAUGUGAUCGAGCAUGCGGAUCAUAACGGCAUCAACGCCUUGGUUUGGCACUGGUAUGCCCCUACCUGCCUGCCCGACACCGCCGAGCAGCCAUGGUACAGCGGAUUCUACACAAAGGCUACUUGCUUCAAUAUUGCGGAUGCCGUGGCUGAUCGCCGCAAUGGUACCAACUUUCGCCUCUUGCUGCGCGAUAUUGAUGCCAUCGCCACUCAGAUCAAGCGCCUUGAUCAAGCCAACAUCCCCAUUAUGUUCCGUCCCCUCCACGAGCCCGACGGUGGAUGGUUCUGGUGGGGUGCCCACGGCCCUGCUCCAUUCAAGAAGCUCUGGGAUAUCCUCUACGACCGCAUCACUCGCCACCAUAACCUCCACAAUAUUGUUUGGGUGUGUAACACCGCCGAGGCCGACUGGUAUCCUGGAAACGAAAAAUGUGAUAUUGCCACCGUCGACCACUACGCUGAUCCGGGUGACCACGGCGUUCUCGCGGACAAAUAUAAGAAACUCCAGGCAGUCACCAAUGGCGAGAGAGUACUGGCUCUAGCGGAAGUCGGGCCCAUCCCUGAUCCCACCAUUCAAGCUCGUGAGAAGGUCAACUGGGCCUACUGGAUGGUUUGGAACGAUGAGUUCAUUAAGGAUGGCAAGAACAACGCCAAACAAUUCCUGCAGAACGUUUACAAUAACACUCGCGUUGUGACCCUCGAUGGUGGUGUCAAGGUCGGCAACUGGAAGCAGGCUUAAGCCCGCUUGUUUUCAAGUGAUUAGGGCAUAUGAGUUCGUUUAAAUCCAC